GUCCCAGAAGGCGCCGGGCCAUUCACAAAGCGCAGCGCUUCUCGCGCAUGCGCAGUCAGCAGUCUCUGGUCAUCCCCUGCACUGUCUGCAGUCUCUGGUCAUCCCCUGCACUGUCUGCAGUCUCUGGUCAUCCCCUGCACUGUCUGCAGUCUCUGGUCAUCCCCUGCACUGUCUGCAGUCUCUGGUCAUCCCCUGCACUGUGUCCGCAGUCUCUGGUCAUCCCCUGCACUGUGUCCGCAGUCUCUGGUCAUCCCCUGCACUGUGUCCCGCAGUCUCUGGUCAUCCCCUGCACUGUGUCCGCAGUCUCUGGUCAUCCCCUGCACUGUGUCCGCAGUCUCUGGUCAUCCCCUGCACUGUGUCCGCAGUCUCUGGUCAUCCCCUGCACUGUGUCCGCAGUCUCUGGUCAUCCCCUGCACUGUGUCCGCAGUCUCUGGUCAUCCCCUGCACUGUGUCCGCAGUCUCUGGUCAUCCCCUGCACUGUGUCCGCAGUCUCUGGUCAUCCCCUGCACUGUGUCCGCAGU